AUGCGAUUUCAAGAGCUUAUCAAGUAUUGUCCUCACUACAAUACUAUGAAUGCAGAGAUAUCUAAGUGUUUGAAGUUUGUGAAUGGUUUGAGACAUGAUAUUAAGAAGGCGAUUGGUUACCAACAAAUUACUCAUUUUACGGAGUUGGUUAACAAGAGUCGUAUCUAUGAUGGGGAUAGUAGGGAGAGUGCUUCUCACUACAAGACUAUGAAUGAGAAGAAAGGUCAAUUUCGUGGGAAACCGUAUGAUGAUAAGAAGAAACAAUUUGGUUUUGGCAAGAAGUCAAGUGGGGGAGGAACUUCUACUCCUCUUAAGUGCUUCAAAUGUGGUAGUGAAGGUCAUCGUGCUGUUGAUUGUGGUAAGGAUUCUGUGACAUGCUUCAAGUGUGGCAAGAUUGGUCACAAGGCAAACAAGUGUGGAGUUGGUUCGAGUGUGACUUGUUACAACUGUGGUGAGCAAGGUCACAUUAGCACCAAAUGUGAUAAGCCAAAGAAGGAACAAGCGAAAGGGAAAGUGUUUGCAUUGUCUGGAGCGGAGGCUUCUACCGAUGAUAGGCUAAUCCAAGGUACGUGCUUCAUUAAUGGUACACCUUUGAUUGCUAUUAUUGAUACCGGUGCGACACAUUCUUUCAUUUCUUUGGAUUGUGCUAAGAGAUUGAAUCUUGUGUUAUCUGAUAUGCAUAGACGUAUGGUUAUUGAUACACCUGUUAUGGGUUCUGUGUCUACUUCUUUUGUGUGCUUGAAUUGUCCUUUGAGUAUUUUUGGUAGGGAUUUUGGGAUUGAUUUGGUUUGUCUUCCGUUAGAGCAACUUGAUGUGAUUUUGGGUAUGAAUUGGUUAGAAUUUAAUCGUGUGUAUAUCAACUGUUUUGACAAGACGGUUAUCUUUCCUGAGAUUAGUGUUAAGGAAGAUUUGUUUUUGUCUGCGAAGCAAGUUGGUGAAUCUGUUCAAGAUGGGGCUGAGUUGUUUAUGUUAUUGGCAACCUUAGAUGUGCAUGAGAAAAGGACCAUUGAGGAAUUGCCAAUAGUUUGUGAUUUUGCGGAGGUAUUUCCUGAAGAUAUAAGUGAUUUACCGCCGGAACGUGAAGUUGAGUUUUCGAUUGAUUUAGUUCCUGGAACUAGUCCUGUAUCGAUGGCUCCUUAUAGGAUGUCUGCUUCUGAGUUGAAAGAGUUGAAGAGUCAACUUGAGGAUUUGUUGGAGAAGAAGUUUAUUCGUCCUAGUGUAUCGCCG